GGAAUAAAUCUUUUUUCUUUUUUUCUUUUUUCUUUUAUCUAUCGUGGAAAUGUAGAUAAGUAGCUUCUUAUUCUUUUUAUACAUCAUGAAUAUAAUUUGUAAAUAUUGGAGAAUGACGAAUUGUCGCGAUAUAAUUAUCUUAGUUAUUUGUAGAUAAUAGCGCUCAUCACAGUUAUCGAUGUUAGUUCCAAGAUUCGUGUCGUUGCGUCGCGACGUCCAAUGCCAUCCAAUGUGGAGCUCGGUGAUGGUUGAUGGUCUGCUAAUAAUUCGUCGGUUAAAGUUAAAGAUCCGUCGGCGAGUCUUGAGUUCGUCCACCAGCUCCGCUUGGCAUCAGUCAUACAGAUUGUCUUUUGGAUAAUCUGGUGCCAAAUUAAGAAGGAGAAACCGGCUGCGACAACUUGUGUUUAAUUACGAGAAGACGACACACAAUUCGCUAUAUAGUUCUCUCGAGAAUUUCUCCAGUGAUCGGAUCACCUAAGCAUUUUGCCAACUGUGCUGUGUUAGACACGCGGGGAACUGAUUUCUCAGCUAACUUGAUGUCCGAUUAAGAAAAAUAUGCCGAAUGUCUAGCCCUUUCUAGUCCUUUUAUUUAUUGCGAAAAAUGUUUUUAGUUAAUUGUUUUCUUGUAGAAAUCGUCAAAGUAUCGAUGUUAUAGUUUUUUUGCUACCAGAUGUCACGAUGAAGAAGUCGUCAACUCGCUGAUCGUCUCGCGAAUUGAUCGAAAAUGUCAGAGCCUACAGAUACAGAUGGUCAGGUUGAACAGUGUGACAUAGUCCUGCCGAGACAAGGCCUGCUGUAUCAGGAGGAUACAUUGACCUAUAUACUUUGUAAGCCGAAAUUGAUCCCAUUAAAGUCGGUUACUCUGGAAAAACUCGAGAAAAUGCAGAGAGAUGCAGAAAUCAAAGUGAGGGAGACGCAGGAAGCAGAAAGCAGUUUAGAUGCAAAUGUAUAAAGCAUAUAGUGAUAGCUCAAGGUUUAUAAGAUUUAGAUUCAUUAGUUAUCACUGUCAUGCAAGAUAGAUAUUAGAGU